CCGAUUGCCCAGAGAUGGCCACCCAAUACAGCCGAGUAUUAGAGCUGGCAAAGGUCCAGUGCCGGAUUUUCUCACUAAACUUCAAUCCGGAGAGGCUACGCCUGGGAAACAAGGUCCUACGUCAAAGACUGCGCGGUCCGAGUCUUUCGGCAUGGUAUCCCAAGAAAACUGUCUCUUUCCGAGAUUUGCAAGCCACAUACAAGCCCCUGGGCUUGACAAUGUUUGAUGAAGGGGAAGAUGAUCGGGAAGAAGCCAUCCAGAUUGCCAAGUUACGAGGGAAAGGUAGACCAAAGAAAAAGAGAACCGCCGCAGAAUCGCGGUCCGCCAAGAAGAAGAAAUAGUCUACCACUAGCACAUAUCGCAGACUGCACGUCUAGAUUAUUGGAAUUGAGACAUCCUGUUUACUUCCUGCCGUGGAAUAGGCAUGGCAUCGUUCCGAGCCCGGUUUAUUGUAAAUGAUUGCAUGUGUGCUUGAUUACUGGACAAAACACUGAAAAGACCCAAAUCACAAACAUCGGGCCUCUGGGGGUCUAUGUAGUCGACAAUAGAUGUUCAAUGGGUCAAUCACAGUCAAUCACGCUUUCAAUCACAAACUCCAUACAUUUGAAGUUUUGGCGCAGCGCAGAAAAUUGCGGCUUGAGAUCCCAGAUCAUAUCUGGUCUUUGCAAGGGAACCAGUGUCUUGUAGUCCCCAAGAACAUAUGCAUUAAGCGUACAAUUAGAAUCCCUAGCUAGAC